GAAUUCCAAAGUACCGCACCUAUUUUUCCGCGGACGUCAAUUUAUUCCGAUUGGAGAUUUUCAUCGACGAUAUUCUACGUUUGCAAACAGUUUUGCUAUACUAUUCGACACUUAAAAUAUGAUAAACGUCAAAUUAAGUAAGAUUUUUUGUUGCGUUACCACGGCAACAACACCUAGCCUACUUAACCUUGUCUAGGCUGCUAAACGUUAAAUAUGUUGCAACAAAGAGAAAUUGUUGUCACCUGAAAAUGGAACGGCUGCCGAAAAGUAUGUGAUUAGUCGAAAAUCUGUGUGAAUUAUAUGAAAACAGUGAUGUUGGGCGUGUUAUAGUCGAAAUACGGAUAUGUUUACACGGUGUAUCUGAGAAGAAUUCCAAUGUAAGGUUAUUGUAAGGUAUGUCAAAAUGUCGACGACCCAUCAUAGCUGGAAAUAUGUAUUGGACGAAGAUUUUUUGAAAAGCUGAUUAAACCCUUAUAAAUGUGUACAGUUUGCGUGUAAUAUUCAAAGAGAAUAUGAAUCAACAGCCAUUUGGGCUUAGCAAACACAAAGUACAACCUAUGGUAUGUCCUCUGGUACACUUAGGUUAUAAUGGUAUUGACAAAACUGUACACGGUACUCUAGAGGAAGAUAUUUACAACUCAGUAAGCUUACAAAACGAACAUUAUACAGAACAUGUUGGCUCCACAGGAAUGAACAACAACAAGCCACCCAUUAAUGCCAACAAUGUGAAGUCCAAGUCUCCGAUGGUCUCAGAUUUUUUUCCGAGAUACUAUGAGCAAACCCAUGAACCAUACACACAUGAAGACAUUUACAACAAAAAACUGGAUGAAGCAAAUACUCACCUGAAACACUUAGAAAUCUCUAAUGAAAAUGAAAAUUUUGCUAUGAAUCUGGGGAAGACAUGCCUGAACUCGAACUACUGGGAGGAACAAAGGUGCUGUGAUAAGUUAAAAAAGACUAGUUCUAUGUUAGGUGAAAGUGUACAAAAAUCCAACAACCUGUUAGAGAAUUAUACAAAAUUAGGUAAAUUUAGUCCAAACCUGGACCAAGGAUACCACACACUAGUAUCUGCCAGUCCUGGACCCCUUUUAAACUAUUCAACCAAUCUGUCCUGGGUAGAUGGUCAAAAUUUAUACAAAGGCAAGAAAAACCAGAACAAAAACAACUCAUUCGACCAGUUACCUGAUGAAGUGCUUGUAAGAAUAUUUUCCUUCUUGUCCAGUGUAGACCUAAGUGUUUGCGCCCAAGUGUGCAGGAGGUUCGAAAUCCUCGCGUGGACGCCGAUACUUUGGCGAAUCAUCAAGUUAGAAGGUGAUAGGAUUUGUGGUGACAGAGCUGUUCGUGGUGUUUUAAGACAGUUAUGUGGUCAAGGCAGGACUGGAGCUUGUCCCAGUGUUGAAAGAGUACAUGUUACUGAUGGUGCUAGAUUAUCUGACAAAAGUUUGCUUUUGUUAUCCAAAAGAUGUCCAGAGUUGACCCAUUUACAACUACAUGGAUGUGUCAACAUCACUAAUAAUGCCAUAUUUGAAAUUGCCACAAGAUGUAUGAAUCUCCAGCAUCUGGAUGUUUCUGGAUGCAUUAAAAUCUCCUGCGUUAGUAUUAAUCCCGGUAUCGAACCUCCGCGGCGGCUGCAACUCCAGUAUUUGGAUUUGACUGACUGCAUUCAACUGCAGGACAGUGGUUUGGAGGUGAUUGUCCACAACUGCCCACAACUAGCUUAUCUGUAUUUGAGGAGGUGUAUUCAAAUCACAGAUGCCGGUUUAAAAUUUGUGCCAAGUUUCUGCCAUGGACUGAGGGAGUUGAGCGUGAGCGACUGUUCGAACAUAACGGAUUUCGGGCUGUACGAGCUGGCCAAGCUAGGAGCUACGUUAAGGUACCUCUCGGUGGCGAAAUGCGAUCGAGUCAGUGACGCUGGAUUGAAGGUAAUCGCCAGAAGGUGUUACAAAUUGCGUUAUUUGAACGUGCGAGGUUGUGAAGCUGUGUCUGAUGACGCGAUGACAGUAUUAGCUAGGUCGUGUCCAAGGCUUAGGGCCUUGGAUAUUGGGAAAUGUGAUGUGAGUGACGCUGGGUUACGUGCCUUGGCGGAGAGCUGUCCGAACUUGAAGAAGUUGAGCCUUAGAAAUUGUGAUUUAGUAACUGACAGGGGGAUACAUUGUAUCGCCUAUUAUUGCAGGGGUUUGCAGCAGCUGAACAUUCAAGACUGUCAGAUCUCGUUAGAGGGGUACAGGGCGGUCAAGCAAUAUUGUAAACGGUGUGUUAUUGAGCAUACAAACCCUGGAUUUUUUUAAUGAUUACUUUUUUUUAUAUAUAUAAUAUAUAUAUGAAUAUAUAGUAUAGUUUUAUAUUUUUUAUACCGAUUUUAAAGUGGUGAUGACAUUGGAUACCUAAUUUUACUUCUAUCUAAUUUAUUUAUGUAUAUGUAUAUCUUGAUACUAAAAUAUAUUUUGUACAUUUUUAAA